AUGAUCAAAGCUGUGAUUCUCGUUGGGGGCCCUGUCAAAGGUACCAGGUUCCGACCUUUGUCCUUUGACCUCCCCAAGCCUCUGUUUCCGGUGGCCGGUUUCCCCAUCUUACAUCAUCAUCUAGAGGCCUGUAGCCAGAUCCCAGACUUGACUGAAAUCCUUAUCAUCGGAUUCUACCAGCCCAGCGACGUCAUUAGGAAGUUUCUCAACGACUCCCAGCUGGAGUUUCACGUCCAGAUUAGAUACCUGCAGGAAUACACGGCCCUGGGGACAGCCGGAGGCAUCUACCACUUCCGCGACCAGAUCCUCACGGGCAACCCUAGCUUGUUCUUUGUGCUCUACGCCGAUGUCUGUGGUGAUUUCCCCUUGCUGGAGAUGUUGACAUUUCAUAGACAGCGGGCACCACAAGCUCAGGGCAUCGUGCUGGGCACUGAGGCAACCAGACAGCAGUCUCGCAGCUACGGGUGUGUGGUUGAAGAUAAGGACACGCAUGAGAUUCUGCAUUAUGUGGAAAGACCAGAAACAUUCGUCAGCUCUACCAUCAACUGUGGCGUCUACCUCUUCUCACCCGCUAUCCUGAAGACGCUGGAGGUGGCUUGCAAGAAACGCCUAGAGAAAAACUUCCAUUGUCGGACCCGAUCAAGUGGCGUGCUGUGCCUGCAGCAGGACUUGCUGGUGCCUUUAGCGGGCACAGGGGCACUGUUUAUGUACUUGACUUCUCAGUUCUGGAGUCAGAUCAAAUCUGCAAGUGCUGCAGUUUACGCCAAUCGGCAUUACCUGGCCUCCUAUCAUUUGUCACACCCCGACUACCUGGCCAAGAAUAGACCCGGUUCGCCUAUCGUCCUCGGAGAUGUCUUCAUUCACCCGACUGCUGUGGUACACCCCACUGCUGUGCUGGGACCGAACGUCACCAUAGGACGUGAUGCCACAGUUGCUGCAGGCGCCAGGGUCCGGGAGACGAUCGUACUAGAAGGUGCACUUUUAGAGGCCCAUUGCUGUGUGCUGUACAGUAUUGUCGGCUGGCAUAGUACCGUUGGCGCCUGGGCUCGGGUAGAAGGCACCCCAGAUGACCCCAACCCCAACAAACCAUUUGCUAAGCUAGAACUUCAGAGCAUGUGUUCCAGUGAGGGCAAGCUGAACCCAUCUAUCACCGUUAUAG